AUACUAAAAACCUAAUAUAAAGGACGAACACCGUCAUUCAGACCUAAAGCUUCUUCAAAAAUGAACAAAUCGCGCGACAAAAACACCGAAUACAACCCGGUGCAGCUUGAGGAAGACCAGUUCGGCCUUUACGCUGACAAAACGACGGGGGAAUCCGCGUCUGUAAGAAAAUUCACCUGGAGAAACAAAAACAAUGUGGUGGUGCAGGUGAUAACUUAUGGCGCGACCAUAACCAGCAUCAAAGUCCCGGAUAACAAAGGCCUAGUGGAAGACAUCGCCUUGGGUUUUCCUUCUAUGGAGGGUUACACUGCUUCAACGAAUCAAAACAUCGGAUGCACAGUGGGUAGAGUAGCGAAUAGAGUCGGAUACGGACAGAUUAAUAUCGACGGUACGAUUUACAACGUUUCGGCGAACUUGGGACAACAUCAGCUACAUGGAGGAUUCAAAGGCUUCGACAAGGUCAACUGGGAUUAUCACAGAGACGGCACGAAAGUUGUAAUGAGUCAUCAUUCCCCUGACAAAGAUGAAGGCUAUCCAGGGGAUUUAAUUGUUAACGUAACAUUUGAGCUGACGAAUAAUAACGACUUUUUGGUCGAUUUUAAAGCCUACACCACCAAACCAACGUUCGUUAAUUUAACAAAUCAUUCGUAUUUUAAUCUUGCUGGUCAUGGUAAAGGAGCGGAAGAGCUUUACAAGCACGUGGUUUGCAUUAAUGCUGAUCAAACGACCGAUGUAGAUGAAAACUCCAUUCCUUCAGGGAAACUUCUUUCUGUGUCCGGAACGAUUUUCGAUCUACGCAUCCCCACGGUUUUGGGCGAGCGCAUCAACAAAAUCCCAGGCUAUUUGGGCUACGACCACAACUUCUGCAUAACGAAAGGCACCGACCAGGGAACCACCUACUUCGCCAGAGUGGUUCACCCGCCGUCCGGCAGAGUUUUGGAAUUGUACAGCAACCAACCCGGCGUGCAGUUCUACACUUCCAACCACUUACCCGAGAAGGGCAAAGGCGACAGUUGCGAGAGCGAUGCGAAGCAUUUGGUGAAAGGGAAGGAGGGAAAAUGCUACUGGAAACACGGAGGGUUUUGCUUGGAGACUCAGAAUUAUCCCGAUGCUGUUAAUCACAGUUUAUCGAGAAAGUCAAAAGUUACACUGCAAGACAGUGAGUUAUUAGUUUCAUUUGACAGGUUCCUUUUUCCAAAUGUCCCAGUACCACUUACAUUGACUUAUCUAGAGGAUUUACUCAAAGAAAAUAGUUUUUUAAAUGAGACUUUUGCUGAAUACCCAUCAGCCUGUAUGCGGCAAAACUGUUUUCAAGUCAACGGUUGCUUCUAUAAACAGCACGAAGGGACUAAAAUGGGGAACUCCUUGACUCCCUUUUUAGCCGAUAUUUUCAUGAGACGCUUUGAAAAGAAACUUAAUAGCUCGUGGUAUUUUCCUAAGGACUGGUUACGUGGACGAUAUCUAACGCUUGCAGCUUAG